CCUAAAAAAAAAACAUUUGUCCCAGAGAAUCUUGUCAGGAAGAAAGAAAGUGAUAAUAACUCCCUCUUCUUCCUCCUCUCAAUUUCACAACUCUCUAAUCCAAAACCCAAAUUAUUUCCAUCUCAACAACAAAAACUCACCCACUCACUCUCUCCAGUUUCUGCAUCAUUCAUCUGAUCUAAUCACAUAAUCAUUCCAAUCUUUAAAAAAAAAACCAUGGAAAUCCCAGAGAAAUUAAUGAAGUUGAAGUAUUACAUCAUCUUCUCAUCCCUAAUCUCUCUGUUAUUUCUUUCUCUUGUUCUGUUAGCUCCAAGAUUUCUCACUAUUGUCUCAUACUUUUGGCCUCUCUUUGUAUCAACUGCUCUUUUUCUCUUUACUGUUGUUUUCUUUGCAAAGGUCUCACCUUUAAGUACCUCUUCUGAAAAUGAAGAUGAUCAGUCUUUAUUAUCCUGUGCUGAAAAAGCUGGUGAAGGUUUAUUAGAUUAUGUUGCUGCUCCUCAAGUAUGUUUAGAAACCAUAGAUGAUUUUGAUGAUGAUGAUGAUACUGAGGAUGAAGAAGAAGAAGAAGAUGAAUUAAACGAAACAGAUCAAACCCCAGUUGAAGAUUCAAAGUCUAGUGAGAAAUCAGAUCAUAUUAAGUUAGAAUCAGUAGCUCAAGGAAGUGAAACUGAAGUGAAAUCCAAUUAAUGUAAUUUUUAGUUUUUUCUUAAUUUUUCCUUUCAGAGAUUUCAAUUAAAGGAAUCUGAACCCUGAAAGGCCAUGAAUAACGGAAAAUAAAUGUAAAUUUCGAGUAAGAAUGAUAAUAAUAUCAAACAAUUUUCGUCGAUUGCAA